AUGGUUAAAAAGAUUGUUAAGGGUCCAGCAGGCUCAUCCAGAAUAAAAAGCCAGUGAAGAAAAGUAUAUGAUGGCAUUGCAAAGAUGAGAGCUCAAGCAGAAGGCCAAAAAGACAUUGAAGAUUCCCCUAUUAUCAUAGAUACAUCUAUAGAUCCUAAAUUAUUCCGAUUCCACACCUUAAUAGGGUUACUCUUAAGCUCCCAAACUAAAGACUCAACGACAUCACAAACUGUUUCAAAGCUUCAAAGCCAAGGACUAACCCCAGAAAGAAUGGCAGAAUUAUCCGUUGAAGAAAUAGCUGACACAAUUUAUGGAGUAAGAUUCCACAAUAACAAAGCAAAGUAUAUUAAAAACACCUCAAAAAUUUUACUAGAAAAAUACGAUGGAGAUAUUCCGAAUGAUUUUAAAAAAGUUAUUGCUUUACCUGGAAUAGGCCCAAAAAUGGCUUAUUUAUUUUUACAAAUUUGUUAUGGGAAAAUAGAAGGGAUUCCUGUAGACACACACGUACAUAGAGUUGCUAAUAGACUUGGAUGAGUUAAGUCUAAAAACGAGCAGGAGACUAGAAAGCAAUUACAGGAAUUUAUGCCCCAAGAAAUGUGAGCAGAAGCUGAUGGGCUGCUGCUUGAUCUUGGACAAAAUAUAUGCACUGCAAAGAAACCUAAAUGUGGGGAAUGUGAUAUUAGUAAAUUUUGCACCUACUACAAAGCAAAUCAUAAGAAAUAA